AUGACAGAAGAGUUCACGCCCCCUCCUCUACCCCCGCCUUUCACAUCAAACAAAACUCCGCCCGUCCUUCUGGCUCAAGGUGCUGAGGCUCGCCUGUAUAAAACCGAUUUCCUCAAUCCUUCAUUUCCGGCAGCGUUGAAAUUUCGCCCUUCGAAGCCGUAUCGGCAUCCGAUUCUUGAUCGAAGACUCACGCGCCAACGCGUUCUCCAGGAAGCAAGAUGUUUGGUUAAGCUCUUGAAAGAGGGCAUAUCGGUACCGGGGGUCUUGUCUGUUGACUGGAAUACGGGUCAGGGGGAAGAUGAAACCGGGAACGGAGGUGCAUGGUUGCUGAUGGAGUGGAUCGAAGGCCCUGCCGUCAGACAAGUUGUAAAUCACUGGGAAAAAUGGAUGAAGCAUUGUGAAAGCGCUACUAAGGGGAAUAAUUCUGGAAUGAAUGAAAAUUUUGAACGCUCUGCCGAAGAAGAUAUUCGUUCGCUAUUACGAAGAAUUGGACGUGUCAUUGGCGCCCUGCAUAAAGCAGGCGUUAUUCACGGAGAUUUGACGACGAGCAACCUCAUUUUGAGGGGUCAAUCCAACGAAAACACUACCAACAUAGAUCCGCAUUCAACGACCUUGAAACCCAAUUUGGAAGGAGAAAUUGUUCUUAUCGACUUUGGUCUGGCGAGUCAAAGCGUACAAGACGAGGACCGAGCGGUGGAUCUUUACGUGCUUGAGCGAGCCUUCGGAAGUUCGCAUCCCAGAACAGAGAUUUUCUUCGACGAAGUCCUCAAGGCUUACCGAGAAAGCUUUAAAGGUGCAAGUUCGGUGCUUGAAACACUGAAAAAGGUUCGGAUGAGAGGCCGAAAACGAAGUAUGAUCGGAUAA